AUGCCUGGGACCUCUGAGGAAUUCAAUUCUGGUGAAAGAGAGUCUGUUGGUCAAGUUAAUGUGACUUUCGAGGGAUUAAAUAAUAUAAGUCCAAUACUUUUAAAAAGCUAUAAAUAUGUGUUUCAGGGAGAACAUGAUUUAAACAAUAUUAUUAGGAAGGCUAAUAGUGUACAAGAAGAACUUUCCUCGUUAGAUGCCUUCUCAUCAGUUUCCCAUAAUGUGAGUCCAAAUACGAAUAAUCCUUUAGAUAUUGAUAUAGUAUUCAAACUAAGGGAAAGUAAGAAGAGAUACACAUUGGGAAGUACGAUCAACAAACAAGGAAAAAUAGGCUUUGAAGCCUCGGCAUUUUUCCCAAACUUACUAGGGACAUUAAGUACGAGCAAAUUUAGCGUGGAAACAUUUGGAAGCAAUUCUAGAGAGCUAAAUAUAAGUCAUUUCACACCCAGAAUAUUCUCUUCUAAUAUUAAUAUGGUAUACAGUCUCUCAAAGUCAACUGUAGAUUAUAGCAAAAGCUCUGCUUAUACAGAAAGCUCCUUUGGAGGUUUAGUCAGGUUUUCUGACCCAAAUAAUCGUCACAACUUUACCAUAGAAUCCAGAAUUAGAGAAUUCCCUAGAUCACUACAUGAACAAAUCGGAGAAGGGCCGCAAGAAUAUGGUGUUACCACUUCAAGUAAACUUUUUGAUCAUCAAAGUAUUCAAACUCUUAAAAAUAGCCUUUGCUACUCAUGGAACCAAAUCAAAAGCAAUAAUUAUAAUGAAAAAGAGGAGAAUCUCUCCAGAACUGAAACUAAAAGAUUCGAAAUUGUUCCAUUUAAAAUUCAUAGUAAAAAAACUAUUCAACAACUCAGCUUUGAGCUUGCAGGGUUUAAUGGAGACGUAAGCUUCAUCAAAACACAAGGUUUCUAUACAUGGAGCUCCAAGUUCUCCAGGAUAAGAGGUUGCACCAAUUUCUUUAAAAAUCCCAGUAUAGACUUUUCUCUUGGAUUUGGUGCUCUAUUGCCUAACUUGAUUAAUAGGUCUAUCUUUAAAGCUUCCAUGCAUGACAAAUUCUUUUUAGGCGGUAACUGUGGGGCGCACUACUGUUUGCCUGGGUUUGCGCCAAGGUCUGUGGGGACAUGCAAACAUAUUAUUGGAGUACAAGGUAAAGGAAAAAAUCCCACGAUUGGUGAAAAUAGAGGGAGUGUGUGUUUAGGAGGGGACGCAUUUGUUUCAUCAGAGUUAAAGAUUUCUCACCCUUUAGAUCUGAGCGGAAUGGGAACGGAUGUGAAACCCAAUCUACAAGCUUUUAUAAGUAGUGCAGUGGUUCUUGACAAAAAUGAUUAUAACAAGAAAAAGCAAUUAUUAGGAAAAUUUAUACAGAAUAUUAGGGCGGCAACUGGAUUUGGCUUUUCAGUUCCGUUAGGUCCAGCUGACUUAAGUCUUCUAUUUUCAGCCCCAAUAAAGCAUCUCCAUACAGAUAUGCUUGAGGGAUUCCAGCUAGGUAUGAGAAUGACUUAUACUCCAUUAUAG